GGAGCUGUGAUGCGCACGCACAAGCUUGCCCUUCCCCGCUCUCCGUUCUAGGGCGGUAGGGCGCCUGCCCGGAAGGCUGCGGCGCGAGACUCCGUUGCUGCCGGCUUUGGGCUUUGCUGCUCGUGCGGUUGCAUCGGCACUGAGAGCGCAGCGCGCGCGAGGUAACUGCCGGGCGCAAUGGCCCCCCGAAGAUGGCGAUUCUACUUGACUUUGAAUGUUUGGCCUGAGUUCUGAUGGAUCUGGAUUUUCUUGUUUUUCUGUUGGGAAGUGUUUGAAUAUUCAUGCUGUGAAAGAAGAAAACAUCCAAUGGCUUCAGAAUCUAUGACCCCCGAGUCAGCAAAACACUAUCAGAUAAAAGCGAAAAAGCAGCAGCAGCAGCAAGAUAGAUCUCUGAACAGUGAUGGUGAAGAAGUCUUUGUAUUUGAAGCAAAUGAAGCUUGGAAGGAUUUUCAUAGCUCUCUUCUUCACUUCUAUGAAGCUGGGGAACUCUGUGAUGUUACAUUGAAGGUUGGUUCAAAGCUAAUCUCUUGCCACAAGUUGGUUCUGGCUUGUGUUAUCCCUUACUUCAGAGCUAUGUUUCUCUCUGAGAUGGCUGAGGCAAAACAGACAUUGAUUGAGAUCAGGGACUUUGAUGGAGAUGCAAUAGAAGAUUUGGUGAAGUUUGUCUAUUCCUCCAGGCUUACAUUGACUGUCGAUAAUGUCCAGCCUCUCUUAUAUGCAGCCUGCAUUCUUCAGGUGGAGCUAGUAGCAAAAGCUUGCUGUGAAUAUAUGAAACUACACUUUCAUCCCUCAAACUGCCUGGCAGUGAGAGCCUUUGCAGAAAGUCACAACCGUAUUGACUUGAUGGACAUGGCUGACCAAUAUGCUUGUGAACACUUUACUGAAGUGGUGGAAUGUGAGGACUUUGUGAGUAUGUCACCUCAGCACCUCCAUAAACUAUUAUCUUCCAGUGAUCUGAACAUAGAGAAUGAGAAGCAGGUUUAUAGUGCUGCUAUCAAGUGGCUUCUUGCUAAUCCACAGCAUCAUACUUCAUGGUUGGAUGAAAUACUUGCUCAGGUACGUCUGCCUUUGUUGCCCAUUUGUUUCCUUAUGGGCGUUGUGGCAAAAGAAGAGAUCAUCAAGCAGAAUCUAAAAUGUAGAGAUUUACUGGAUGAAGCAAGAAACUAUCACCUUCAUCUGAGCAGCAGGGCAGUGCCAGACUUCGAGUAUUCCAUCCGCACAACACCAAGGAAUGAGACUGCUGGUGUGUUAUUUUGUGUUGGUGGUCGAGGUGGAUCAGGUGACCCAUUUCGCAGCAUUGAAUGCUACUCUAUAAACAAAAACAACUGGUUCUUUGGUCCUGAAAUGAACAGCAGGAGAAGACAUGUGGGUGUAAUCUCUGUGGGAGGUAAAGUCUAUGCAGUAGGUGGGCAUGAUGGAAAUGAACAUUUAGGCAGCAUGGAAAUGUUUGAUCCUGUCACUAAUAAGUGGAUGAUGAAAGCAUCAAUGAACACCAAGAGGAGAGGAAUUGCUUUAGCCUCCCUUGGUGGACCCAUUUAUGCCAUAGGAGGGUUAGAUGACAACACUUGCUUCAGUGAUGUGGAGAGAUAUGACAUUGAAUCUGAUCGAUGGAAUGGAGUAGCGUCAAUGAAUACUCCCAGAGGAGGAGUUGGCUCAGUGGCCCUUGUGAACUAUGUGUAUGCUGUUGGUGGCAAUGAUGGUGUAGCCUCUCUCUCCAGCGUAGAGAGAUAUGACCCCCAUCUGGAUAAGUGGAUAGAAGUGAAAGAGAUGGGUCAACGAAGAGCAGGCAAUGGGGUUAGUGAACUCCAUGGUUGCUUAUACGUUGUAGGUGGCUUUGAUGAUAACUCUCCAUUGAGCUCUGUUGAAAGGUUUGAUCCUCGCAAUAACAAGUGGGAGUAUGUAGCAGAACUUACAACCCCCAGGGGUGGAGUUGGCAUAGCAACGCUAAUGGAUAAAAUUUUUGCAGUUGGUGGUCAUAAUGGCAAUGCAUACUUGAACACAGUGGAAGCCUUUGAUCCAGUGAUGAACAGGUGGGAGCUUGUUGGAUCUGUUUCUCACUGCAGAGCAGGAGCAGGUGUAGCUGUGUGCUCUUGUCUUAGUAGUGAGAUCCGUGAUGUUGGUCAGGGAUCCAACAAUGUGGCUGAUUGUAUGUGAACUCAGGUUCAAGCCGCGAGCAACUCCAGAAUUUCAGAAGAUCCUGAUAAGACUCCAGGAUGGAGUGAGAUGACCACAACAGCGUGGCUCUGGGUUUUUAAUUAUUAUUCUAGGCCAUAGAUAAAUACUGAAUGACUCUUGUGUGAUAACUUGAAUAGCAGAACUCAGCUUUUGAUAGUUUUCUGAAGCUUGUCUGGGUAAACAUGAAAUAAGGACCCUGGUUUUUAUUUGAAAGCAGAUAUCCCCUUAACUUUCUGAAGUUAAUUUUUGAAUGUACAAAAAAUAUUUUAGGGGCAUUAAUCUAGAGCAUUCAUAAUUUAAAUAAAAUAUACAUAGGUGUGGUUAUAGAGUUGCACUUUGAAUUGUUGAGUCUUAAACUACUUCCCACCCCCCAAAAAAACUAAGAAAAUUUUAUUCUGGGAUACACACGAGUAUGUUUUUAAUAUGUACAUUCUGAUAAAUACAAGAGAGCCUUAAAAAGAGCCCAGUUCUGUAGCACUUUAGACAGGAAUAAAGCAUCUUAGCCCUUUGGAGGUUUAUUUCCCUGUUGUAGACCUGAGGAAACUUAGGUAUAGAGGUUCAUUACCUGACUGUCAGGGGACUGAAAAGAAGGUGCUGAGCAUCUCUGAAAAUCAAAUUAGUUGCUCUUGUUACAAAGCUGAGAAUAAAAUCCAGAGUUCUGGCCUGCUUAUGAGGGAUUCAGCCUCUGGCACAUGUUUCCUCUGUUAUGCCUCCAAUGAAACCUAUAUUAAGAACCACCUCCAACAGGAAACUCUUUAAGAGUGAAAGCAUGUGUGUAUAAUUGUCUUAUUUUAAUAGAAAUGGUUUGUUUAGCCAGGCAGAGUUUUCUGGUCCUUUAUUACAAAUUACUGGAAACAGGAAUGAACAAUAGGGAAGAAAUUACAAUUUUAGGAAAAAAACCCUUUUUCUAAAUAAUUUUCAGUGGCUUACAUGUUCUGUUCUAGUAAUCCAGUGCCAUGAUGUAAGGUUAGCACCACUUUCAGGAAGAGUACAGAUGUGAUGGUUUCAGACACAACCAGGCUUAAUUAUCUUGUGUUUCAUUCUGGGUCUCAGACUAGAAUAUCCACAUCUUCAAAUGAAGAAUUGCAGCCGUUGGAGUCUAAAGUCUCUUUUAAACAAAAGGAAGUUAGUAGCAGCACAAAUGCUACAUCAAGGGAUUAACAGUCUUUGUCAGAUGCAGUGAUAAAUUUGAAUUAAAAAAGACCUAAACUGUGCUGUAUUUACAGACUGUUGCCCCACUGAAAUACCAAGAACCUAUAUUUAAGCCCUUAAUCAGCUGUAUUUAGUGUAAAUUUUUAAAUAAAUAUUUAUUUAAAAAUUGUAACUAACUUUAAAUGUGUUUGGUAACCUCUUUCAGGCUUUUCAAGGUUAUUACCUCAACCAUUAUUUAUAAUGUGGUUCCUGUUGGUAAAACUGAGACAUCCAUAAGAACCUUUUACAUGAUGUAGGGGCUUGGCCUUGUCUCGGUAGCAUGAAGCGGUACCCUCGUAUUCAAAUUCUCCAUUUUGUUGGCUGAUUUGCAGUUAAACAACUGCCUUUUUAAAUUCAACUUCAUUUUUAUUAUGUGUAUUUGGUAAGUCUGACCUUUUGAUUUAACUUGACAGGACAGAAUUGUUAAAAACUUGAAUUGCCUCCUUCCCUUGGGAGUUAAUCUAGUUUCAUUUUGGUGUGUAGCUUAAUCUGUUGGAAUUGUCUUUUUGAUUAUCCAGUGCUGACCAUGUAAUGGCCACCUCAAACAUUCAUCACUUAUUUCCUCUUGGUUGAUAUUCUACAUCAAAUUAAAAUACCAAUGAGACAGGUAUAUGGAUACUCUUAGAAUUUCUUAGAGGGCAAGAUAACCUCAGCUGACUUGGCAGAAAACCAAACCAGCAGUGAAGGAAAGGAAAGGACAAGACAAGACAAUACUGCAUUGUAGAAAGGCUAUUUUGAUAUAUGUGUGGAGAGCCUAAAAUUCAAGAGCAGCUUCAGCAAAAGACAAAAAGGUUUUCACAAUCCUGAAUUUUCUUGACUAGAUCAACAGUCAAUUUAGUAAAACUGUACCAUGUUAGAUAUUGAAACUAUGACUGGGGGGUGGGGUUGGAGCAAAGUAUGGGAAUGAAAGUCCUAUAUUUCUUAAAGAAAUACUUGUGGGUUAUUCUGUAUAUUCAAUACCAUACUAAAGAGGCUGCAGCCUCCCAGCGAAUCCCAAAGCACAUAAAUCACCGCUUUAGUAUUGCACUGCCAUGUUUUAAAACUGUUUUGUAUUUCCAAUUGAUUGUAGUCUGGAUAUUCAGUGGACAAAAUGCAGAAUGGACUGGUGUGGUUACACUGAAGUAUAUGGAGGUUGCAAUAAAAUAUAUUUGUACUUUAAGCUAUUACUCUAUUUAAUUCCUAGCAUAACUGGAACUCCCCCAAGGGAUAGAUAUUAACAGCUGGAAGUAUUUAUUGGGUUAUUUAGAGCCUUUUUCCCCCCUUCUAGAGCCUGCAUCUUUGGGGCCACACCCUUUUUGGCUAAGGAGAGCUGAAUGGAAUGCAGCCUGCAGCACCCCAUAACCAUUAGGUAUCUGAACAACAUGAAGUAGUGUUGUUUGCACCAAAGGUGACAUGACAGCAGGGAGACUGAGGCCUGGAGAGGAAGGGUGGCUUUAUAGGUCACGGGGGCCCUGUCCACAUUACAGCAGUCUCUAAAGCCUAGGGUAUGGGCUGCAGCACUACCACUGUGUACAAACCCUAGCAUGCAGGGUAAGGGGGUCCUCAGAAGGUAGCUUUAUAGCUGUCAUCUGCAAUGCCUGCCUUGCCCUACCCCACAGCCAAACCAGGGCUUUUAGAAAUCCAUUACAUCAAUCCAGCCCUCUUACUUAGUGUCAGGAGCUGGAGUACCCAGAAAUGCUGUCCACAGAGACCUUCCUGCAGCACAGUGCAGCUACUUUGCUACCAGUUCAGCUAGCACUGGUGCUUUUCAAUUUAUAUCCAACUCUUAGUUUCUGGCUUUUAAUAAGCAUUAAAACAGGCAGCUAUAGGUACUAUUUGCAGCUUCACUAUUCUCUAAAUGUACAUAUGUCUUUCUAUUUUAAAUGCAUAUCUGAUUCUGGUUGCUGAAAGGAAGCAGGGAAAUAAAGGCAGCUUUUAGUGAAAAUGGAAGAAGAUUCCACAAAAUGAUCAGGAACACAUUUCUUACCUAUUAUGGCACUGACUGGAGAAGGUUCAAUUGAAGUCAAAUGUGGCUGAAUUUAAAGAAUAAAAAAAACAGUUAAUUGACAACUAAAUCUGUUGGUUUCAUAAGAGAACCCUGCAUUCCUUAUUCUAGCUCAUCCAUACUUCAUUAAGGAAGACAUUUGUGGCACUUCUACUUAAUCUACCAGAGGUGAGGAUAGCAGAAAAUGCAAAACUGAACAGAGCUGAAUUAGUCUGGAGCAAGGGAUUCUCUCCCCCUGCCCCUGCCCCCAAGCUUUUAAAACAAAAUUAUUUCCAUAUAGCGAUC